UCUAGUUAUUGCCGCCAUUUUGUACUACCCGAGGAUUGUUUGGUCUGUAUUGUCAACAUAUGCGUUAGCAUACGGGAUAACCGUACGUUGGUUACUUCGCAGUACGUGCUGCUGGUUUGUGUUUAUCAUGUGUGACUACUGAGGAGGUUGUAAAGCUGAUCGUCAAAAGUCAUUCGUGAUUGUAAACAUUAUGUUAUGCUUUCGUUCGAGUUUGUUUGUGAAUAUGGAAUUAAGAUAAAAUCAUAAGGAUACUGAGCAAUUUCAUCUAUAGAUAUAAAAAGCGGUAUGUAACUUAGCGAUUUCAACACAAUGAUUAUUAGCCUUGAGUGCCUUUACCAUGGAAAUGUACAUCGAACAACAUGGCACUCGUCGGGGCCUCCAGUGCGGUUAAGUAUUAACUGCACUCUAAUAUGUCUUAAAUUUUGUGAAAUCUGACAAAUUUGGCCAUUCGGGAAUUGGUCCGAAACUUGAAGCAAUUAGCUUCAAGUUAGGCUUACUCAUCAUGGCUGACCACUUAGUUGAUGGACCGCCGAAUAAGCGACCAAAACUGAGUGAAAACGCUAUUUCUGACACACCAGACCUUUCAUAUGUUAAACUGUGGGAUUUGGAAAAUGAGUUGCCUGAAGAAUUAAUGGUGCCUACUGGGCUUGAAACGUCUGAUCUUCCAACACAAGCUCCUACAUCUCAAUCGUCAGCUCCGCAAAAUCUUUUGAAUGGCUCUGGAGAAAGUGUCUCUGUUGAAAGUUCUGUUGUUGCAAGUGUUAAUUCACAAAGGCAUCAACAGCUGUCUCAACUGUUACAGUCUAAGCCAAAUGUUUCUCAUAGCACCGUAUCUACACCUCCAUCCCAUAGUGGUAUAUCUACAUCACAGCAAAUCACAAGUCCGAAUUUAGCAACUAUGACAGCUGUUAAAAGUCCUCAUUCUACUAAUUUAAAUACUCCUAAUGCUACUAUAAAUAAAACAGGUUCGCUUGUAUCAUCUUCAUAUAUUAAUGCUACAGAUGGCACAGCUGUUAUUACGAAUAUUUCCAAUAGUUUGACCAAUAGUUUAAGUAAUUCAACUGGAACUUUAGGCAUGAAUAACAAUUUGUUAUUAAUGCAAAGUAAAGGAAGCUCCUUAAGUACACAAGGUAACCUUAUGUCACUUCCUACAUCUGUUGCUAGUAAUAAUAGUGGCAAUAAUGCACAAAUUCAUUCUCCAAUAACUGUUGUACAACAACCAGUAAACCAACAAACAUCUUCACUCAUUAAUGGUAGUCACAUUCCCAUUGCAAACAUGAAUUUAAAUCUAUCCGUCAGUCUGUCUGUGUCAUCUGCUGCGACUCAUAGUACUGUGAUUGCACCUCAUCUGCCUCAUCAAACCAUUUUAGGACAUCCUAACCAAGGUGCUAAUAUAAAGCAUUCUGUUUCUCAAAUACCUAUAUCAAAUCUUCCUAUGACUCCAAGUACUGUUCAGCAAAAUUCGACAAGUACUGUAACUGUUACUCCAUCAACUGUAGGGGGCCCAACCCCUACAGCUGACCCAGAGAAAAGAAAACUUAUACAGCAACAACUUGUGCUUCUUCUUCAUGCUCACAAAUGCCAGAGGCGUGAAAGUCAGUCCAAUGGAGACGUACGACAGUGCUCAUUACCUCAUUGUCGGACUAUGAAACAUGUAUUAAGUCACAUGACAACUUGUCAAGCAGGUAAAUCAUGUGGGGUUCCUCACUGCUCAUCAUCUAGGCAAAUAAUAUCUCACUGGAAAAAUUGUACACGAAGUGAUUGCCCUGUGUGUUUGCCUUUAAAACAAGCAUCAGAUCGCAGACAACAACAAGCAGCUGCUGCAGUUCAAACAAGUCAGUCAAGUCAAGGACCUGCUCCAGCUGAUAUGCAGCGAGCUUAUGCUGCUCUUGGACUUCCAUUUAAUGCUGGCAGUGGUAGUACAAAUGUUAAUCCUGUGAUACAGAGGAAUCAAGCAGUUUCCAUAUCUCAUGUGGCUGAUCAAUCUCAGCAGUGCUCUCCUCAAACCUUGAAUCGCAUGCAAGCUCCACAAUCAACACAACAAGCACAACAGCAAUCUCAAGUGCAAUUGAGACCUCUUUUACAAAGUAGUGGUUCUAGUACUAUAACCAGUCCUUCUGCACAAAAUUUUCUUGUCACUGAUAGUCUGCAGUCUAAAGCUAAGACAGCAGGAGUUGCAAUAAUAAAUUCUUCAAACCAAGGAUCUACGGUGGUUCCAUCAGUUAUACCAGAUAAUCCAUCUACAGUUAAGGAUUGGCAUCAGUCUGUUACGCAAGAUUUAAGGCUUCAUUUAGUUCAGAAAAUAGUACAAGACAUUUUUCCCACAACUGAUAUAUCUGCAUUACAAGACAAGAGAAUGAUUAAUCUUAUAGCAUAUGCCAGAAAAGUUGAAGGAGACAUGUAUGAAGCUGCUAAUAGUAGAGAAGAAUAUUACCAGUUGCUUGCAGAAAAGAUAUAUAAAAUACAAAAAGAGCUUGACGAAAUACGUCAGAAAAGAAAGGAGGCACAAAUGCAGCAGCAAGUGGGAUCCAGUAUUGGACCUAUACUGAAUAACUCAGGGACACCAAGUCCAAAACUUCCAGCUGCAGGUGCGCUAUCAAAGCCACAUCUUUCAAGCAGUACAUUACCUAGUAGUCAACAGAGAAUGCCACCACCAAAUAUAACUGUUCCUACUAAUACAGUUGCAAAAAGCUCUGAACCAUUUUCUCCAUCUAACACUCAAAUGUCUAACUCUUUAAACACCCAUAUCAAUAUGACAUUAAAUCAGGGUCAAUUUAACCAAUCUCAAACUCGUCAAAAUCCUUUACCGGUUUCUAACUUACAGCAACCAUUACAGACUCAUUUCAAUAGCUUAAAUCAACCUACCACUACAAUAGCUACUUCUACAUCUGAACCCUCUUCAAUAUCUACUCUUAGUAGUAUAUCUAUUUCACAAUUUAGUUCUAAUGUACAGCAAAAUCAUUCUCCGAUAUCUGAUAUUUUCAAGACAAGACAAAUUAAUUUACCUCAAUCUCAACCACCGAAUCCUAGAUUGAUUGGCCAUAAUACUCAAGGACAACUUGUCAUGGCACCUAACUUAAAUUCACAGGUUCAUUUAUUGAAUCAGCAGUCUCAAAACCACACACAAUCUUCCCAAAAACAACCAACCCAGAUACAACUUAAUGUAGCAAUACAGAAACCUCAAACUGAACUUUCCUCUCCAAUGCCAUCUCAGGCACCUGGUAAUCAAAUUCCUCAGACAGCUACCCCUCAGCCACAGUCUGUUCAACCUCCUCUAUCUCAACCAGUUAGAGCUCCUUCAGUUCCUAAUACUCAACCACCAACACCCUCUCCACAAACACAUACAUCUCAACUUUCUCAGACAUCUGUUGUCACAGUAGAUGAUAGUAGUGAAGAUGUUAAACCUAUAGUACCUGUAUCUCAAGAAAAUGUUUUAUCAGUUAGUCAAUUAGAUACUCAAAGCUCAACUACUCCUGUUUCUACUACGUCAGAUCAAGACUCUGGGCAAACUGGAGGCAAAGUCUUUGCUUUUGCCUCCCAAAAAUCUACCGAAAAUAGUGAAAAAAUGGAAAUGGAUAGUGAUGUCAAAAGUGCAUGCAGUGAAUCAAAUGUCAACAUGGAUACUAAACCUUCUGGUAAACUUGAUAUAAAAUGUGAAAUUAAGGAAGAAGAACCUUCUUUUUCUAAUAGUUCUUCAGGUAAAGAAAUGAAAGCUGUUGUUAAAGAAGAAGUGCAAAGCCCUACCCCUGCACCAACUGUGAGUGAAAAUGGUAUAGAUUUAAAACCUGAUUCAUCGUCUGAUUCUUCUCAACUUACUCCUAAAGUAAAAACAAAUAAAAAAAUUUUUAAGCCAGAUGAAUUACGUCAAGCGCUAAUGCCUACUUUAGAAAAACUGUACAAGCAAGAUCCUGAGUCUUUGCCUUUUCGUCAACCAGUUGACCCUCAACUGCUGCAGAUUCCAACAAAAGGAAAAGACUGUCCUUCAUAUGUCAAAAGACAGGAUUCAAUGGAUUAUUUUGACAUUAUUAAAAGGCCAAUGGAUUUAUCUACCAUAAAAAGAAAAUUAGACACUGGACAAUAUCAAGAUCCUUGGCAGUAUGUUGAAGAUGUUUGGCUUAUGUUUGAUAAUGCUUGGUUGUACAACCGUAAGACUUCCAAAGUUUACAGACAUUGCUCAAAACUUGCUGAAGUAUUUGAGUUAGAAAUUGAUCCUGUGAUGCAAUCAUUAGGCUAUUGUUGUGGCAGAAAGUAUGUUUUUCAACCUCAAGUUUUAUGCUGUUAUGGCAAACAAUUAUGUACUAUUCCUAGAGAUGCCAAAUACUGGAGCUAUCAGAAUAGGUAUACUUACUGCCAAAAGUGUUUUUCUGAAAUACCCGGUGAUACAGUGACGUUAGGGGAUGACCCGACUCAGCCACCUACGGUCAUAAAGAAAGAUCAAUUUAUUGAAAUGAAAAAUGACCAUCUAGAACAGGAACCGUUUGUUGAGUGUAAUGACUGUGGAAGAAAAUUGCAUCAAAUCUGUGUUCUACAUUUUGAUGUGAUUUGGCCAGAAGGCUUUACCUGUGAUAACUGCCUGAAGAGUAAAGGUAAAAAGAGAAAAGAAAAUAAGUUUACUUCUAAAAGACUUCAGCAGUCAAAAUUGGGGCAAUAUAUUGAAAAUCGUGUAAAUAGUUUUUUAAAGAAAAAAGAUUGUGGUGCAGGUGAAGUAACUAUAAGAGUUGUAGCCAGUGCUGAGAAGUAUGUUGAUGUGAAGCCUGGUAUGCGAGCAAGGUAUGUUGAUAGCGGUGAAUGGCCGGAUACAUUUCCAUAUCGCGCAAAAGCUUUAUUUGCGUUUGAGGAAAUUGAUGGUGUGGACACCUGCUUUUUUGGCAUGCAUGUACAAGAAUAUGGUUCUGAAUGUUCUCCUCCGAACACAAGGCGUGUAUAUAUUGCUUACCUCGAUAGUGUUCAUUUCUUUCGUCCAAAACAGUUUCGAACAGCUGUUUAUCAUGAAAUCCUUCUUGGUUACCUUGAUUAUGCGAAACAGCUUGGAUACACAAUGGCUCACAUAUGGGCAUGUCCACCUAGUGAAGGGGAUGAUUACAUCUUCCAUUGCCAUCCAGUUGAACAAAAAAUACCAAAACCUAAACGGUUACAAGAAUGGUAUAAAAAAAUGCUUGAUAAGGGUAUUCUGGAUAGAAUUGUCAUGGAUUACAAGGACAUACUGAAACAAGCUACUGAAGACAACAUGAAAAGUGCUGCUGAAUUGCCAUAUUUUGAAGGAGACUUUUGGCCAAAUAUUCUUGAAGAAAGUAUUAAAGAACUCGACCAGGAAGAAGAAGAGAAGAGAAAAGCAGAAGCCUCUGCAGCUGCUGCAGCUGAAGCAGCUGCAAGAGCUGCAGCUUCUGAUGCAAAUGGUGAAGCCGAGGAUAGCAUGGACGGUAACCAGAAAGGACAGAAGAGUAAUCGCAACAAAAAAUCCAAUAAAAGUAAAAACAAUCAAAGGAAAAAUAACAAGAAGUCUACUGUUCCAUAUACUGGAAAUGAUUUGUCAGCAAAAAUAUAUUCUACAAUGGAAAAGCAUAAAGAGGUGUUCUUUGUAAUUAGACUACACUCUGUCCAAGCUGCUGCCAGUUUACCAUCUAUAGUUGAUCCUGAUCCAUUUAUUGCAUGUGAUAUGAUGGAUGGUCGAGAUGCUUUCUUAACGCUUGCAAGAGAAAAGCAUUAUGAAUUUUCAUCUUUACGAAGAACAAAAUUUUCAACAAUAGCUAUGUUAUAUGAGUUGCAUAAUCAAGGACAGGAUCGAUUCGUUUACACAUGUAACAACUGUAAAAAACAUGUUGAAACUAGAUACCAUUGUACUGUUUGUGAUGACUUUGAUUUGUGUGUAAAUUGCUUUGACAAAGAUGGACACAAUCAUAAAAUGGAGAAACUUGGAUUUGGUUUGGAUGAUGAUUCAGGAACUUGUGAUCAGAAACAAACAAAUCCUCAAGAAUCCAGAAUAUUAUCCAUUCAACGCUGUAUUCAGUGCCUUGUUCAUGCUUGUCAAUGCAGAGAUGCUAACUGUCGUUUGCCUAGCUGCCAGAAAAUGAAGAAAAUUGUACAGCAUGCUAAAAGCUGUAAACGUAAGCCCAAUGGAGGCUGUCCUAUUUGUAAACAACUCAUUGCUCUUUGUUGUUAUCAUGCCAAACACUGUCAAGAAGCCAAAUGUCCAGUUCCGUUUUGUUUGAAUAUAAAACACAAACUAAGGCAGCAACAGUUACAGCAGCGAUUGCAACAAGCCCAGAUUUUGAAAAGGCGUAUUGCUACUAUGACCAAUCGUGGAGUUUCUGGUGCUGUGCCGCAAACAAGUCCUGGAAGUUCAAAUUCAGCAAGUCAGUCUUCUCCUGGUCAACCUUCCCACACCUCUCCACAUCCUCCUCAGCCUGGAAUAGGCAUGAAACCAUCAACUGGUCCUCCUGUUGGUGCUCUACAAGCUGUGCAACAAGUUCAGGCAGCAGCUGCCAGGCAAACUGCUCCUCAUAUGGUAACAACUUCAGUUAGCUUUGGUAAAGGUAAUCCUGUUGUUAAUCCUCCUACUCCAAACCCAGUUAUAGCUGCACAACCAAUUCAAACUCAAAUGCAAAAACCUAUGAAUCAAAUGCUACCUAAUGUACCGAAUCGUAUGCUUGCCAUGGGAAAUGUUGCAUGCUGGGAUAAUCCAUCUUAUUCUCAGUCGCCUCACCCAAGUCCCCAGCCUCCUCAACAAAUAGGUAUGAGACCACAAAACCAGUUAAUGGGACCAGGAUCUAUGCCUGGUUCUAUGGGAAAUACUGUUGCUUCAAUGGGUCCACCUCCUCAGGUAUUAAAUAAUCCAGGACCUUCUGUAUCCAUGCAGAGGCCUACUCAAGCCUUACAACAAUUACUUCAAACAUUAAAAUCUCCCAAUUCUCCUCAACAGCAGCAACAGGUGUUAACAAUUUUAAAAUCAAACCCUCAAUUAAUGGCUGCAUUUAUCAAACAGAGGACAGCUCAGCAACAACAGCAGCAGCAACAACAGCAGCAGCAACAGCAACAAAUGAUACUAAAUGAUGGAAGUAUGAUAGCUCCCCCUCAUCAACAACCUAAUGUCUGGUACAAACCACAGCCUCAUUUAUUAACUAUGCAAAGACAGCCUCAGCCAAAUCAGUUUCCCCAUCCACAACAACCCCUGAUGUAUGCUCAACGUUCAAGAAUGCCCAUCCCUAUGAAUUUUGGUCAUCAACAAGGAUAUCAAAAUGACAAUUCUCAAUUUCAGUUUCAGCAACAGCCACCACAAAUUUUAAUGCAAUCUCAAAUAAAACAAAUGACUUCUCCCACACACCCACCAAUGAGUCCACAACAAGGUAUUCUUGGUCACCCUCAAGGUCCUGUGCCAUCUCCAUCUCAACAGCAGCUCAUGCAACAAGUUCGCUCACCUCCUCCAACUUCUGUACAUUUAUCUCAAACAGUUCGGUCCCCCCAGCCCAGUGCAUCACCUCGAACUCAAGCAAAUACCUCUCAGCCUAUUCCUUCACCUAGGCAGCAAUUAGUACCAUCUCCUCAUUACCCUUCUCAGACUCAAUCACCACAUCCUAGUCUAACUGUUGGUACAUCAGGACUGUCAGGUCCUGAUCAAAUGACUACUAAUAAUGAUAUGAUGCUAACACAUCUGACAAACCCAGUGUCUUCUCAUCCUAGUAUAGCUACACAGCUUCAGAGCCCAGUUAAUCAGGAAAACAUGGACUUAACUCAUCUGACCAGGGAAGAACAGCUCGACAAAUAUGUUGAAAAUUUAUAACCUUUUACAUUUAUGGUUUCAUCACUUUUGUUUCUCAAUUUAAAAGAUGAAACCAUUUUGGCCCCAAAUCUUUGAAUACAAAUCUUUUAUAAUAAACUCCUGAGAAUUAUUGUUAGUAAUACUCUGUAUAGCAAUAUAGUUUUUUUACUAUAAAUCGUUAUCAAAUGUUUUUAGUGAAUUUUGUACCAAUUGUGUUAAUUUUGCAUAAAUGUAAAUGUGGUCAGUGAAACAUCUGUUGCAAUGAAAGAAAGUAUUUGAUAAUUGUUUUUGUUUUGCCAAAUGUUUUAUUUGUUGUCUUACUCUGAUCUCGUAAGAUUCUUAUAAAUUAUUCAAAUAUUUAUUGCAUUUGUACAGUCAUUUGUUUUAAAAUUGGUUCUGAACAUAUAUAUCAUAUCAUUUCUACCAAUAUUGCAUCUUUGUUUAUACUGUACCAUAAGUAUUUCAUUAUAUAUCAUAAGUUUUAUUUCUUUCUGAAUUGUGAUAUUUAAAUAGUUUAAAAUUAUUUAGCAAUGAAUUAAUUAUCAUACGAAAAAAUGUUAAUUUUUAUUGUGCACAUUCCAGAGAAAAUCAAGUUUAUUUUCAUUGUUUAUUAUACUUUUUAUGGAAUUAAUAUUGGAAAGACUUUAGACUUAUUUUAAACAACUUUUGAUAUAUAAUGAUAUUUAAACAAAAUAAGCUGAGUUUCCACUUACAGCAUAAUUCUCUGAUUGAUGUUUUUUAAAAAGGAUAUUUCUAAAGCAAUAUGUAAGUAAUUGGCCAGAUCAUGAAAUCAUUAUAGCAAUUAUACUAUAAGCAUUAUUACACUUGUUAUUUUCAGUUAAAAAUUCUGAAAAAAAAAGUUGUGUUUUAUGAAAUGUUUUUAUUUGAUAUUUUUGUCUAUAAUUUAAUAUAUUUUUAUUUGGAUUAAGUUAUACCAUUUCUUUUUACUAAUGAGCUAUUUUUUAAUGAUAUUAGAACUUUAAAAUAAUGAUAUUAAUUAAUUCACUUACUGAUUCAUGAAUAUGCGUUAUAAUUAUUUUAGUGAAUGUUUACUACAUUCUCUGCUUUCUUUAAAAAAUCAUUGACAUUUUAUUUUUUAAAUAUGUAAUAAAUAUUUUAAUUUUAAAUUUUUUUAGUUCUUUUUAAAUUAAAGCCUUAAUUUUAACAAAAUAAUAUUUUUUCAAAAUUAUUUUCCGAAUCUUGAUUAUAAUUUUACCUGUGGGAACUCAGGCAUGUUUUAGCAAUGGUAUUUAUAUUGGGUUAUUGUAUGUACCAGAAUUUUGCAAUAUGAUUAUGAAGUAUGCUUGAAAUUUAUUGUUUCUAUGUAUACAGCAAAAUAUAUAUUCUUUCUAUGUUUUGUGUAAUUUUUAUAUGCUUCGAAUGUUUAUUCUUUGCAAAGUUAAAAUUAUAACAUUACAAAAAUCAUUUCUUUCUUCAAGAAUUCAUAAUGAAUAAUAUCUGUUUUUAAAUUGAUUCCAGUUUUUAAUAUUCAGCAUAGAGCUGAAAUUUAUUUAUACGUUGAGCGCCAAGUUAAAUAUGAAAACAGUGUCAUAGGCCAUGGUAUAUAGUCGAAAUGGAGUUUAUGCACUAAGAUUGCUAUUGAAUACCAAUAAAGAAAGAAAUCCCUUGUGUCUAAGCAUAAUUGCUUUUUUUUAAAUGGCACUCAGCAAUAUAAAUGAUAUGAAAAUAAAUAAUAAACUCAUAGCUCAUCAUUGAUUUAUUGACUAUUAGUAGCGUAUGAAUUUUUUUAUAAGCAAUGAUUUUAUCAUGAUUUUUUCUGUAAAAUGUAAUAAUUCAUACUCCUAAAAUUAAGAUGCUAUAAGAUGCUUUUGCUAUAAGAUUUAUAUACUCAUUUAAUUUUAUGAUUGAAAUACUUGUUAAAUUCUAUGAUUUAAAUACUCAUUUAUUCAUUUGCAGCUAUCAAUGCUGUUUAUAUAUACUAUGAUUAAGUGAUUUCAGAAAUACUCCUUUAAAUACUUAGUUUAUUUAUUUGCAGCUAACGUGAUCAGAAGUUAAUCCUUUUGUAAAAGUUUAAAGUGUUUGCACAUUAUUGUAGCUCUUAAUUUAUGUGGAAAUUUUAUUUAUGUUAUUUAUUUUUAUAUUGAGAUAAAAAUUUAUAAUCUUCUAGUUAAGAAGUAUAUUUGUUUUUAUGAAUUAUGUAAAAAAAAAGAAAGAAAAUAUAUUACUAUCAAUUAUUGUACAUAAUAUAAAUAUAUAUAUAUAUACAUACAUAUAAAUAUAUGUGAAUAUGGAUAUGACUGAGAGAGUGCUAUAUAAAAAUGAGGUGCAUGAUAAAUUUUUAUUUACAUAAUUAAUUUAUUUGUAAAUAAGUGCUUUUGGGCUCAUUUAUUCAUAUUUUCUUUAAAAUUUGAAUUUUAAUCAGAAUCGGAAAUUAUUAUUUAAAUAAGAUGUGUGUUUUUAAAAAUUGACUUUUUUUUUCCUUCCUACCCACCUCAUUGAGUUUCUGAAGUCCAAAUAUUACCAAAGUUCACUUAGCAUGAACGAAUUCUGUUUCUUAACAUGAACUGUAAAUGUAGCUUUUUCAGAUACAAAAGCUACAUUUUAUGACAUAGCUAUUAAUAUAAGUUGAGGGUUGUAUUAAAUAUUUAUAUCUUUAGAACUGGAAAAUAUUUCAUACUUUUUAACUUGCAAAAUACUUGAGAAAGUGUUAUACACAAACAUAAAGAUGCCUUUCUUUUCUACGUGGCUAUGCAGUUUAAGGAUAUUAGAAUAAGAAAAAGUGACAAUCAGUGAUAGUGAUUAUAACUUUCUUCUGUUAUAAUAAUAUUAAGUAGUAAUAAUAUUAAGUGUCUUAAAUAUACAAAAAAUAUUUUUGAAAUAACUUGUAUCUUAAAAUAUAUCUUCUAAUUAUGACAAAAACUGAAAGCUAAAAAUUUAAGGUAAAGAAAUUUUUAAUUGGUAAUAAUGUUUACUUUUACUGAAUUCUCAUAUUUUGCAACAUAUUAUUUACUAUCUUUGCAAAAUUAUUAAUUUUAAAUUUGAUUAGAAAUUAAUUUAACAUGAAGCAUAUUUUAAGUCAUACCAUGUAUAAGAUAAGAUAUUAUACAAAUAAUAUUUAAUAUUUGAAUGUAAUGUACCUAACACCAAAAUAUUUGAUAGUCAUUGAUAAAAAGAUUGAUACCCAAUUAUUUUUAAUAUCCAUUUUCUAGAUUUGCAAUCUGCAAUAUACACUUUUUUUGAUGUAUCAAAAGUUUAUUCAGUUGUGACUUAAAAAUAACUAUUCAAUUAAUUUUUGACGCACGCAAUUGUUUUCUAUGUCUCUUAUGAUUUUAGAAUAAUUUAUAAAUAGCUUUUAAUAACUCUAUAUAUUCUUAUCCUGCAUUAUCAAGCAUCACCAACAGUAUUUGCUAGGAAUGUCAGAUUAAUAAUGAAAUAUUAGGCGUUUACACAGCUAUUAUAUUGAUUGGUGAAAUCUAAAAAUUAUGAAAUGAAUGAUGUAAAUAUAAAAUAUUUAUGAAAAAUAGACUUUUUAUUAUGCUGUGCCAAAACCCAUAAUUUAAACUACGAGUUAAAUUUAUUUAGAAACUGUUAUAAAUGUUAUGUGUUUAUUUGGUUUAUUUUUAAAUAAUUGAUAUUUAAUAUUAAAAAAAAUCAAAAUUAAUUUUUCUUAAAUUUGUUCCAAGUUAUACUUCAAUACAUUUAUUACAAUACAUUAUAUUUAUUAACAUUACAUAUAUUACAAGACCGUACAUUAUUUACAUUACAUUCAAUACAUUUUUUUUUUGUCUCUGUUAACUAAAAGUUUGUUAUUUAUUUGGAAUAUGUUUAAUAUCAAUAAGUGUCCAAAUAUGGUAUACCUUUAUUUUAAGUUUAAGGAAAUAACUUUUUGUAUACACGUCAUAUUGCUUACUUUGCAUGUCAUAUUUGGUAGUUUAAAUAAUUGCUUUAAUUUAAUUAUGAAACAUUGAUAAUACCGUAUUUUUACUGUUCUUACCCCCUCCCCCUUUUCUUUUUGCAAGUUAUAUUUCAGUAAAUUUUCUGUCAAGUUGAUUUUUGAAACUUGUUGACAAGUCUAUAGAAAUAGGUUUUAAAUCGAAGUAAAAUUUGCAAAUAAAAGUGAAAAGCAAGGUUGUCAGCAAUAAUGUGCUGAAUUUAAAUAUUGUGGUAUCCUUAACAUUACUCGAUUUGGGCUCUUGCAAAAGUUUAAAAAUUUAUAGAAGGAAAAUUUUAAUACCUUUUGUCUUUCUUGUGUUAUAUGCUGAUAAAUUACUUAAGUAUUAACUGUUAAUACUAUAAAAGCUGCUCUAUAUAAAAAUCACAUUUAUGUUCAUGAUUACAAAGCAAUUUUAAAAUUUCAUGGUUUAAAAAAAUUUUGUUGUACUUAAUUUAUUACAUUUUAAAUAAGUAAUAUUUCCCUAUAUACAUAAUUUGAAAAUUUUAUUCCAAAAUAAUUGUUAAUAUUGAGUCCAUUUUUUCUGAUUUAUUUAUAUUAGUGGUAAUAAUAAAUGAGUUAUUUCAUGCAAAAAUAAAGGGAAAACAAAAUAUUGUUGCAUUUGUUAUUUAAAUUUUCCUACGAUCACAAAAUUAUAUAGAUAUAGCACUUUUUAAACUGUGUUUUGCUGUAUCCUGCAAAUGAUGUGUUAAUUUGAAAAACCCAUAAAUUUUUUUUUUUUUUAUAAGUAAACGCAAUGCAAGUUAAUCAGUAUUAGAUACAUAUAGCAAAAUGUAUCUCUGAAAUAAUUUAAAUGUGUUCUUAAGCAAAACAUGCCUGCAACAAACAUAUGUGUUGGCAUUCAACUAGGUUUUUUAAUUGAAACUGCAUAAGCUUAUUACCUUGUAUGACUUAAUUGAUGUUUGAGUAGUUCCUAUUCAAUGUCAGUCAAAAUUUAUAUUAAUCAAUAUUUGUUUUUUUAUUUCUAUGCAAUAUGAAAAAGGACUUGAAAUGAUGUACGAAAGGUAUAUAAAAAAAACUUCUCAAUAAUUUGUACAAAUAAUUAACUGGAGUUUAAAUAACCAUUUCCACAAUAUUUAAUCUAUAAAAAAAAUAAUAAUUGUUAUGUUUAUUCAGUUUGUGAUGGUUGAAGAUAGUUUUAAAAGAGAAAUUUUUAAUAAUUUAAGUAAUUUUUAAUAUUUAAUAAUCUAUUAAUUAAUUAAUAAUGUUUUUAUACUUGAAAGAUUUUUAUGUGACAAAUCAGCAUUUGCUUUUGAUAUUUCAUUUCAUUUUUUUUCUCUGGUUAACCAAAUUUUAAUUAAUUUUAAUAUAUUUGCUUUUUGUCCCUUCUUAUUUUUAAUAAAACCAAGUACAAAAUAAUUAAAAUUUGACUUUCUUUUGGUUACCAAUAUACUCAUAUUUAACUUUAUAAAUAUGUUUAGUUUGUUUCAAAUUUUAAGUCGUUUUAACGAUAUAUGACAACUUUUAUCUGUUGUAAAUUUAAUUAAGACUAUAAUUCUACUUAAUUACUACAUUUUAUAUUUAGUAUUUCUUAUACAAGUAAUCUUUCUUUUAUAGUUUAUAAAAAUGAUUUACUGUACCAUCUCUUUUGAGGGUGGGAUUCUUCCUAUUUAGUAAACUUAGUACCUGCAAUAAGUUUAUCAGACUUAAUUUAUUUAGCUACAAAUGCUUAUAAUGAAUUAAUAAAGUAAGUGAUACCAAAUAUAAUUGACUGUCUAAACUCUUGCAAUGAAAUAAGUGAACAUGAGUCCAUUAUGUAGCACAUAAAAAUUAUUGCAUGCAACAAGCAUAGAUUAUGCUCUGAGAAAAAUUGUCUGUGAAUCAGUAAGUUUUUUGUUAAGACUUUCGCAAUAAAAUUACAUUUUGUUUUUUUUGUAAAAUAUUUUCUCAAAUUUACUUAUUUCAGGAGCCCGUAUUACUGACUAUUGUGGUUUUGUAAGCGUUAAAGUAAUUUUUUUUAUCUCAAUAUUUUUUACUGUUCUUAAUCAUGCAUCCAUUUUUAUUUGAAUUAUAAUUUUAAUGUAUUUGUUUAAUCAAUUAACUUUGGAAUCAAAAUAUUAUGAUUUUGCUGUAUCAAAUGUUCUAUCUAGCUGCAAUGUCAUUUUGUCUGUGAAUUGAAAUCGAAUAGUAUCGGUCUGUAACACAUGGUUGUACCUAUAAUUCAUUUCAAGUGAUAUUAGUCAGAGUCCUUAUAAUUUAUAAUUGGAAGUGAAUCUUUCAUUUACAAAUAAUCCAAUGCAAAUAAUAUAUAAUCAUAUGCAAAUCUUAAGAUUGGAAUAAAAUAAGUGUCUUAAAAUUUAUGAAUAGCUUAAAAAGUUUUCCUUUAAAUUUUAUUUGUUCUUUUUAUAUAAUUCUUAAUAAAAUAUGUAAUAAUAUUUGAAGAAAUGUUUUUGAAAAAUGCUUUAGCUGAUGUGUGUUAUAUAAUAAUACUUACAAUAAAAGUAACUAAUAAUACUUGCAAUAAAUAUAACUAAUAAUAUUUACAAUUAUUAUCAUUUCAAGUGAUAUUAGUCAGAGUUCUUAUAAUUUCUAAUUGGAAGUGACUCUUUCAUUUACAAAUAAUCCAAUGCAAAUAAUAUAUAAUCCUAUGCAAAUCUUAAAUCUGGAAUAAAAUAGUUGUUUUAGAAUUUAUGAAUAGCUUAAAAAGUUUUUGUCUAUAAAUUUUAUUUGUUCUUUUUAUAUUUCCUGAUAAAAUAUGUAAUAAUAUUUGAAGCAAUGUUUUUGAAAAAUGCCUAAGCUGACGUGUGUUAUAUAAUAAUACUUACAAUAAAUAUAACUAAUAAUACUUACAAUUAUUAUGUUAUUAUUAAGAAUUUAUCUAUUAAAUAAUUGUAAAUAUGAAUACUUGCUUGAUUUUGGUUAUUAACCAGGCAAAUAAUAGUUAGAUAGUUUUCCUAUUGAUUAAUAUAUUUUGCUUUGUUUUAAAGCCCAACGACACAUUUUCUUCUCAAAUUAAAAUUAAGUUUACCUAUUGGUAUGUGUCAUUCUUUUUAGAAUGGCUGAGCAACUGAGAUAGGAUUCCCACUAAAGAGCUUAUAAAAUAAAUCAGGGCAUAUUAUUAAGCCCGAAACCAAUUUGCAAUAUAUAUUUUUUAUUUAAUGUCAGCUCUAAUUAUCUCUUAUUGUCUAUGUAGGUAUAAUAGAAGAAAAUGUUUUUGCAUUCAAAAUUAUUUAAUUUAUUUAAGGACUAGUUUAAUUUUUUUUGUUUAAAUCUAGCUUAAAAAUAACAUAAAAAAGAUUUCUUCCUUCUUUUUUUUCUUUUUUUUAAAAGAAGAAUAUAUAUGUAUAUUCAAUCUUGUUUUUUUUUUUCAAUCUUGCAUUGCUCAAUAUCUGUGUAUCAGAAUCAUAAUUAUUUAUUGACAUAUUUUUUCGUGUAAAUAAAAAUAAAAUCACUGUAUUUUAUUAAUUGUGUUACCAGAAAUGAAUUUGCUAUACUCAUUUGAAAUUAGAUGUACAAAUCUGUGUUAUGAAUGAUAGAGUUUUCCCAAAGAUUUGUACAGAUUUAGUAUACGUGGAACCCACCUUCGUUUGUUUAUUCAUUGUAAAUUGAAACUUUGUUAAUUCGAUUGUGGUUGGAUUGUUCUUGCAUUAUAAAGUGUCCUGAUGAGGAAUGAAUAUAGCCAUUUGUUAUAUGUUCUCAUUUGUGUCUUAUUUGUACAUAGUUGUUUGUUAUGCUAACUACGCGAAAUUGUUUUGUAUAUAUUGUCUACGUUUCGAAUGAUGCUUAGGAAUGUUUUAAACAAAAGAUCUUUUUACUAUGUAUUUUGUUUGUUUAAUAAAACAAUUACAUUAACAUUGUAUAUAUAAAUCAUAUUCGUUUUUACAAAGAAAUAAAUUCUUGUACAUAAAAGUUUAGGGAACAGAUUAAAUUAUGUUCAGAUGAGCAUUUGCAUACAAAGUGAGAGCUAUAUUUAAUAGCUGUCUUAUAUUUCCACGUCUGAAAUUAUCACUGCCAGGAUAAAGUUUUGUAAAUAGUUGGGUAUUAUUCAGUACUCAGAGUAUAUAUCCUGAUGCAAGUGACACUUGAGCUCUACUCACAAGUUAAUAAUUGUAAUAAACUAUAUUAUACUCUUA